AUGCCUUCCACUCAAGAGAAAGACGCCCCUGCCGCCAAGGCAGCAAGUCUUGCUGAAAUGCUCCAGGCUUUGUCCUUGGGCACCGCUCGGACAGAAGAUGUCGCUGAGAUGUUCCAAUCUAUGUCCUUGGGUGAUGUUGACGCUGCAGGUGUUACUAACAUGCUCACAUCCAUGCCCUUGGGCACCACUGAGGCAGAGAAUGUUGCUGACAUGUUCAAGGCCAUGUCCUUGGGCACUGUUGAACCAGCAAAGGUUGCUGAGAUGCUCCAGGCCCUGUCGUUGAGCACCACUUGUCAGGAGUCACGAUGCAAUUCCCCUGGAUGCACCAACAAGACAACUGCUAGUUCUGUCUCUUGUGAAAGCUGCCUCGCUCGUAUGAACAAGAAGUAG